AUGGGCCGUGCAGGCAAGAUGAAGAAGAAGCAGGGUCACGGUGGCCCUGCCAACCCCAAAUGGCAGCGCGACCGUCAACAGAACGGCAAGACAUGUGCGCAAAAACAGGAUGACAUCUCUCUCUCUUCUGCGCUCUCUCUGCUCUCUCUCUCUCUGCUCUCUCUGCUCUCUCUCUGCUCUCUCUCUCUGCUCUCUCUCGGCUCUCUCUCUGCUCUCUCUCUGCUCUCUGCUCUCUCUCUGCUCUCUCUCUGCUCUCUCUGCUCUCUCUCUCUCUCUGCUCUCUCUGUCUGCUUCACGUGGCCGCACCUACGUGGCAACCAAAAGUACUGGAACAUGAAGAUGGCCUUUGAGCCAGCCCGUGAUCCCGCUGCUGCUAGUGGCGGUAUGGCCAACAGCAAGCUGAAGCCCCUCAAUCGCAAACAAGCCAACAGCAACGCUGCCGCCCAUGCCGCCGCCAGUACUCAGCCCGGCUCGGGUGCCGCUCUGCCCGCCCCCCGCAAGAUUCUCUUUGACGAGAUGUUCUGGCCCGCCUGCAUUAACGCGGCACCCGCCCUCUAUUUGGAUCAACUUCAGCUCAACUGGCAGCAGACUCGCCGCAUUGGCCCUGGCCUCGUCAACAUGGGCAACACGUGCUUCCUCAACGCUGUUCUCCAAUGUCUUACGUACACACCUGCCUUGGCUCAGUUUCUGCUCUCGGACGAUUGCACCCGCAUGUCUCGCAACAAGGGUCCAGAUGCUCUGCACAACCUGGCCACCCAUGUCCGCCGCGCCUUGAGCUCUUCGGCUGGACCCAGCAUAACACCCCAAGCCAUCGUCUCGAAGCUCCGAACCAUUUACAAGCGCUUCCGCCUUGGUCGUCAAGAAGAUGCCCACGAGUUUAUGCGCUUCCUGAUUGAGGCUUUGCAAAAGUCGGCCGUCAGCACCGUGGGCCAGCUUGAUGAGCGCAGCAAGACGACCUCAGUGAUCCAUGGCAUCUUUGGCGGCUAUCUGCGCUCCCAGGUGCGCUGCUUGAGCUGCAAGUACGAAUCCAACACCUAUGAUCCUUUUUUGGACCUCUCCCUCGAGAUUGGCAAAUGCCAGACGCUGGACAAGGCCUUGCGGCAUUUUUUCAGCCCUGAAAAGCUUUUGCGGGAAAACCAGUACCGCUGUGAUGGCUGCCGCAAAUACGUGGACGCUCUCAAACAGUUCUCCUGCCACCACCUGCCCAACGUGCUGACCGUCCAACUCAAGCGUUUCAGCUUCAUCAGCAUGUUUGGUUCUAAGGUGGGCCAGUUUGUUCAGUACCCGGAGAUUCUGGACAUGGCUCCCUACGUCAACAAAACCCAGCAAGCAAGUAUGACGGACCGAGGAACCCGUUAUCGCCUCUACGCUGUGCUGGUACAUGCAGGCCACUCGCUUCAAUCUGGCCAUUACUAUUGCUACGUGCGCAACAGUAACAACAUCUGGUAUCGCAUGGAUGACGCUCGAGUGUCGACGGCCAGUCAACAGGAAGUGAUGCGCCAACAAGCUUACAUCCUCUUUUACACGCGGAUUGCCAAUCCGCGACCAUCGGCACCCGUUGUCGCAAAAGCUGACGCCCAAGCCAAGCCCAAGGCCACCGAGCCCAAGCCAAAAGCAACCCCACCCCUAGCAUCUGACCCCAUCACCAGCGAGGAAGAUGGUCGUCCACAGGCAAAACGCGUGGCACGCGAGGCCGCUGAGACUGUCCCGGACAAGGCGACACUUGUCGGCCUUUCUUCUCUACCUCGGGCCGCCCAACCAGACAGUGACGACAGUGACGACGACAUGGCGAAUGCAGUUGCAAGCUCCGGUGCCGGCUCAAAUCCCGUAGACCCCGUGCUCAUGGCCACACAUACCGAGUGGAACAUUACAUACAAGAUUAGCGCUGCCUCGGCCACGAUUGAUGAAAUCAGCGAAAUCAAUCUGUUUCAAGUCGUCGAGCCUACAAAGUGGCAUGAGGCGAAUGCGCGACGCGAGCGCGCCAAACAGCGUCAGCAGCGUGUGCGGCAGGUCAUUGAACGACAACGCCGUUUGCUGGACCAGCGUUUGCAGCUACACGGCGAUGAGGUUGACUCGGAUCUGGAGGACUCACUGAGUGAGUCGAGCGAGUCACUCAACGAUGCCGAUGCAGAUGACUGGGCUGCCCAUCUGCUCGACGUUGCGAAAAUCAUGGGCAAUGGCUCCACUUUGACCCAGUCUGCCGCCGCCAUUGAGAGCGAUGAGAGCGACGAUGAGUGGGUGCCUCCGGGUGAGCAGGCGGCGCCAUCCGGCUCGGAAGAUAGCAUGACCGACAGUGCGCCAGAAGAAAGUGGCUCGACCCCCAUGCCCGCACAAGCACCCCCCUCUUACUUGGAGGCAGUACGCGCCAGUCUCGGGUCGGAACUUGGGCCCAUGCUCGAUGAAGAGACACUGGAGCUGCUAGCACAGGCAGACCCUGAAGUCCAGGCUCAGAUGAAGCAGCCUUUGCAUGAAGUUUUGGAGCAAUCACUUGUCGUGGUCCAAGAUGCCAUGCUUGAGCAAACCCUGGAUGAAGACGAACAAGUGGUCUAUGACGGCAAGCUUACAGUUGAGACUUGUCCGCCACAUUUGUUGGCCUACGUCAAACAGCAAGUCUCAGCAGCCGCUCGGCAGCUCUUGGAAGACAUUUACUUGACGGAUGAGGAGGAGAACGACCUGGCCACUGGCUCUGCAGCAAACUCGGAUAGCGACGACGAUGAAGAAUCUGACGCGCCUGACUUUGCUCCCGAAUCUGAGUCGACUCCUGCAUUGGACGGUGUUGACGAUCCUCUCCUGGCCUCGGACAGCGACGAUGACGUCGAUGUGGCUAUUGACGGCGCUCCUGUUGCCUCGACCGCCAGUUCUCGCGUGCAAGAAUAUGAAUAUGUGCCGGACGCCGGCCUUCCUCGACACUCGAAUGCGACCCUGGGUUGGGAUGGCAAGCGCCGAGUCGGCGUAGCGCAAAGCUUGGCUGAGACCAAUGAUGGUGUUUUGAGUUGGGAGGGCGCCAUGAGCAGUGCACUGGAUGGCGAGCAGCCGGCGCAGCGCGCAGCUGUGGAUGCUGCCGAUGAGCUCGAGCGUGAGGAGUAUGAUGAGGAUUACGAUCGAGGCCGUGUUAAGAAGGUCAAAACUGGCAAGAAGACUGGACCGGUGGAUUUGAGCCAGCAGCUGCAGCAUUCACACAACCGUCUUAAAAACCUGAAGGGCUUGAACCUCACCAAGGGUCUACGAAAUGAUCGUGGUCGCGGCGGUGGUCGUGGCGGAGGUCGUGGUGGACGUGGUGGACGUGGGGGUCGUGGUGGACGUGGUGGUGGGCGUGGUGGUGGACGUGGCCGCGGUGGUCGCGGCGGUCGUGGCGGUCGUGGCGGUGGUCGCCGUUAGGAUGCUCGGGAUUUUCAUAGUGUCUACUCCUGAAUGUAAUGGGGGUAAUUCGGUCUUGUGUUGUGCUUUUACGUUUUUCGAGUGUUCAAGGAAGUUGGCACUUCCCAAUUGUACGCUAGGCAUG